AUGCAUCAACAAGCUCGUGUGCCGCCGAGGCUCUCCUCGCCGACAUCAUCGCCUCAGGCGAACCAAAGCCGACCCAACACCGCCAGAGAAGCUGCGCUGGGCUCACGACCGCGAGCAGGCUCCAACGUCUCUGGCAGGGACAGCUUGAGCUCCCCUACCGUCGAAGCGCCCUCAUCCCCUAGCCUCCCGGCCGAGUCAAUAAAGAAGCUGGACCAGAUCGUGCAGGUUCGUAACUUCUACGCCAAAGCCGCAGUUCUUGUUCUUGAUUCCAGGAUAAAAGUAAAGAUCACGCGCGGCUUCCAAAUCGAGACCGACGAGAUAGACGAUUUCCGAGACGAGCUCAAGGUAUGGAAGAGCUGCGGUAGUCUCGACAAUCAACCUCCACCGAUGAUAAUAGAAGUCUACUUGGACACAUCCUCCCUUAAGGAAAGCCAGAGCCUUGUCGUCAUUGACGACGAUGGCAAGCGAUGGGACGUCAUGGAACAGCUGAACGCAUCAGGACUGUCGAGCAGCAGCAACUCCCCCGUUUCGGCAAGCAAGAACACGCAGGUCAUCCUGGAGCGCUGGCGCGUUGAGCUCAAAGCCACUGGCAACAGCCCUUCAGAGGACUUCGGACUGAUCCUGCCGACCAUCUACAAGAAGGCCAUUGUCUUCUUCAGAACCCUAUUCCUUACAACCCGUCUGUUGCCUGCAUGGAAGUUCGCCAGCCAAAGCGCAGCCAAGAAUUCCCACCCGGCGCUGACUCCUCGCUGCCGCAUUCGCAUGUCUGAGCCGGCCCGAUCGACCCCUGACCGCCUAAGGCACUCCAUCGAUGGUAGGCGAGACCCGGUGACCGAAUAUAUGUUCGGCGAUCUCGACGUUCCUGUUGGUCGCCUGAGUGCUUCUGUCACCUAUCGAAAUGACUGCAGCUUCCGGAUCGACGACGCGGAGUCCCUGCUGAGUUCUCGGUUCAUGGGAGUUGACGAGAACUUCUUCAAACCGUCACUGCCACAGCAUGGAGACCGGUCGCGGGAGGCGAGGGCCGAGGUCGGCUCCCUCCGCGACAAUCGUCGAGGUCCCGCCUUAAGUGAGAUUCAUCAAACAUAUGGCAGUCUUUCAACCUUCCAUGGAGAUGGACCCCUUGGUACAAGUCCAAUCUCAGCGCUGAGGGCAGUGAAGCCGCCAGGCUCAGACACAAGUUCUCCUCCUGCCUCAUUUCCAGCUCAUACCGGCAUCGACCCUCCCAACUCCUUGCCCAUACGCCCAUCAUCAUCUCGGGCCCAGCGGCCAGGUGAAGGACCGGCACGGAGAACAUCGGUGUCUUUCCAGCCAUUUAAAGCUGGGUCUCUGUCUGGGUCGCCGGUACCGAGGACGUUGGACUCGGAGUCGCCUGCAUCUACGCAUUCUUUGAGUCGACCGGUUGGCUUGCCCGUCGGAUCGCAGCCCAGGAACCGCUCGUCUUUGACGGCGGGCAUGCCUGCGUCUCUACGUGGCGGCCCGCCUGCUUCGGGGACAGCCGACGCCCCACUGGUUGGGUCUCCUCGACCUGCAUCGACCAGUCGAUACAGCAGUAGCUUCACUCACCGCCGCGGACGCCUGUCCAUUGGUAGCGCAACCAAGGGCGGUGAUGAAGAGCAAUCGAGCAGCGGUCGCCAGAGCCUGGCGUCGUCCGUGGCACAGCCCGGGUCGGGCCUUCUGGCGGAGGCAGGACAGGCCAGCUCUGGCUCCAUCCAAGCCGAAGAGGAUGAUAUAUCGGAUUUCCUCAAGGCGUUGGAUAGCAAGAAGACGCUCAAGAGCUUUGAGCCUGCGAAGCGUGGCGAUUCCGCCACCAAUAGGACAGUAGCUCAGUUGUCCAAGUUUCACAUGAUGAGGGAGUCCAACAAUGCUUUGGGGGACUCAAUGACAUCGUCGAUGCAGAUGCAUCGCUCGUCCAGCUCGUCUAGCAGGCAGCUGACGAGCGUGCCGGGCAUGGUUGCCCCAGCCUCUGUGUCGACAUCAACGUCCCCGGGCAAGCCAGUAUCGCCUCACACACCACACACGCCGGCCAUUCCUUCCAGGUUGAGCGAGAAUUCCAUCAUCGACUAUAGCACGUCUGGCCGGGUGGUUUCGAGAAGUGGUCGUCGGCAGAUCGCUACGGUUCCGGAGCCAAGCAGAGAAAGUACCAUCACCCAGGAAGGUACAACGGCCAUUGAUAUCCCGUUGUCACCGCGGCUCGAGUCGUACCAACGGCGAUCGAGCUCAGUUGCUCAGCAGACUCGGGCCCUCGUCGACGAUGAGGACAAUGAUCUGGCAUUUGCGGCACAUCGUAGCAUAAGUCUCGGCGCCGAUGACCGAGAGCCUCCAACGAUGAGCACGCUUCUCGGCAGGCAAAUGCAGCUGGAGGACAGCUCGGCAGUGCGAGAUGAUGUUCCGGCUGGCCUGCAGCCUGCCGCAGAGAUACAAGCAACCGACUCGACCGAGGUCAUGCAAGGCGGAUCUGCGGAGGACAACCCGCCGGAUAGCCUGAUACCGUCAUCGGUUCAAUCGAGCUCGCCUUUCCCGCGGCGACGGUACGCCGGUCUGCAAGCAGCGGCUGCGAGGCAGACGCCGCCACAAUCAUCCCGUGGCAGCUUCACUGGUUCCCUUAGUAGAUUGGGCAGAGCUGACGAAGAAUCCGAGCCACUUGUAUUCGACUUGUCCGAGAUGGACGCUCACGGACGACGCAGCCUGGAAGAGGCGAGAGGUGGAAGCGCUUCGGCGUCUGAACAACAUGGUACGACGAGACGUGGGUGGGCAUGA